GUCGCCGGCAUGCGGACUCUGUUGGAAAUUUGUGUGGACUCGUACGAAUCGGCCAUUGCCGCCAUCGAUGGUGGUGCCGAUCGGAUUGAGCUGUGUGCGGCCCUCAGUGAAGGUGGCCUCACUCCGACGGUUGGACUCCUGCGGAAGGUAAAACAAUACUUGACCGAAAGCGAGCGGGCCGUAGCGGUGCCCAUCUACUGUAUGAUUCGAUGCAGACGGGGAAGCGAUUUUCGUUACGAUCAGGCCGAGAUGGAAAUUAUGCUGACGGAUUUGGUGUUGCUUCGGGAGAACGGUGCAGAUGGGUUUGUGUUUGGUGCCCUCGAUGAAACCGGCACCGUAAAUCGCGCUCAAUGUGAGCAGAUUGUCAAAGCCGCGAGAGACGGAAGCACUAGAUGUCUUCCACUUACAUUCCACCGGGCCAUCGAUUGCACAGCGGUAGAGAACCUCCGAAACAACCUGCAGACAAUUGCUGAACUCGGAUUCUCUAUUGUGCUGACCAGUGGCCUGAAACAAACCGCUCUGCAAGGGCUAGAAACGAUCGCUCUGAUGCAGCAAAUUGCUGACGUACUGUACGAGAGCACUAAGCAGCAUCUUCAAAUCAUGCCCGGUUCCGGCGUCUCGACGGAUAAUGUUGUAGCCAUACUGAAAGGUACCGGGUGCCAAGCGAUUCAUGGUUCGGCGAGCGUGUCAAGGCACAAUUCUGCCCACGAUACGAUAACGAUGGGCCAUAGUAACGUUGACGCACUGCCAUUGAAGGUUUGUAGCAAAGAGAUCGUUGGCAAGCUCCAGCAAUUGAUCGACGCUGCAUUCGGCUCAAACCAACACGAAACUUCGCAUUCCUAGCUCCAGUGGGUCAAUAAAAACAUUGCUCGUGUGGAUUGUA